CCUACCUCCUCCUCUCCACCAGGACUGAGAGCUGCGCAGCCAAAUCCGACGCGUGGGGCGGUGCGACGCCGGCCGGGGGUGGGGACGCCAUGAGCCGCGCGCUCCUCUCCCACAUCCUCCACCGCCCGCCGCUGCUCCUCGCGUCGAGGGGUGGUGGCCGAGGAGGGGCACUCCCGUCCCGCCUCCGCACUCUCCGCCUCAACUGCAGCGUGGCUGAAGCGGCCGCCUCCGGCGAUGAGGCGCCUGCUCCUCCGGCUAGGAAGAAAAGAGUAGUUUCUGGUGUACAGCCAACAGGAUUGGUGCACCUUGGAAAUUAUCUUGGUGCUAUUAAGAAUUGGCUUUCACUUCAGGAUCUAUACGAGACAUUGUUUUUCAUUGUGGACUUGCAUGCGAUUACAUUACCAUAUGAAGCACCACAGUUGUCAAAAGCAACAAGGAGCACUGCUGCAAUAUAUCUAGCAUGUGGCAUUGACAGUUCAAAGGCUUCUAUCUUUGUACAGUCUCAUGUCCGUGCUCAUGUUGAGUUGAUGUGGCUGCUGAGUUCUUCUACUCCUAUUGGUUGGCUCAACAGAAUGAUCCAAUUCAAAGAGAAGUCACGCAAGGCGGGUGAUGAAAAUGUUGGAGUGGCACUUUUGACUUAUCCUGUUUUAAUGGCUUCUGACAUUCUGUUGUACCAGUCAGAUCUGGUACCUGUUGGCGAAGAUCAGACACAGCAUUUGGAAUUAACUCGUGAAAUUGCUGAGCGUGUAAAUAAUCUAUAUGGUGGAAGAAAGUGGAAGAAAAUGGGAGGGAGAGGUGGUUCGCUAUUUAAGGUUCCUGAAGCCCUUAUACCUCCAGCAGGGGCACGUGUUAUGUCCUUGACUGAUGGUCUCUCCAAGAUGUCCAAGUCUGCUCCUUCAGACCAGUCUCGCAUUAACCUGCUUGACCCAAAAGAUGUUAUCAUGAACAAGAUUAAACGUUGCAAAACGGAUUCACUCCCAGGCUUGGAAUUUGACAACCCAGAGAGGCCUGAAUGCAACAAUCUUCUCUCGAUCUACCAGAUUAUUACUGGGAAAACUAAAGAGGAAGUUGUUGGUGAAUGCCAAAAUAUGAAUUGGGGGUCGUUUAAAACAACCCUAACAGAUGCAUUAAUUGAUCAUCUGCAACCUAUUCAGAUCCGCUACGAGGAGAUAAUGUCUGAUCCAGGUUAUUUGGAUGAUGUUCUCUCAGAAGGAGCAGGAAAAGCUGCUGAGAUAGCAGAUAUCACCCUCAACAACGUAUACCAAGCCAUGGGUUUCUUGCGCAGAUAGCAUGCAUCAACCAUCCAGAACAUUUCGAGAUUAUUUACAAGGUUAAAAAGUUUUGUUCGGGCUGUGUUACUAUGGGUUCCUUACUUUGUUCUCACACACGUUUGGUCCUAUUAUAUUGAUAAGAUCUUUAGGGUCAUCUUUUGGCUUUGGGUUAUAACCCAAAAUUUAAAUUUUCAACCUUAAAUUUAGA